AGCCUGCGCCAUUAUAAUCGAAAAGCCUCGAUCGGGUGCCCACGCGCAUGGCAAAUGGUCAGACAGAAAUAAAAAAAGUUUGAUAUUUACGUACAGACCAAAAUAUAGUUGUGAUUUUUUUGUAUCUAACGAAUUGUGACAGUGUGACAGCGUCAUUAAACCGGAAAGCUGCCUACGCGCAGGAUAAACGGACGGACUUGAUAAGAUUUGUCAGUGAAUUUGUGAUAAUGGUUGAAAACCAGUGAGUGUUAAUAGUGAUAUUUUUAAUAAAAAAGGAUAAUUUAUUUAGUGUAAAGGUGUUGGUUUAAUGAACUUGGGAAAAGACUAAAGUGAUCCAAAAUGUUGGGGAAACAUUCAAGAAUAUGCUUCGCUGUGUCGCUCGUGGUUCUGAUCAUAGCCAUCGUUCUGGUGGUGUGGGGGGCGCCCUUCAUCAUUAAAAGACAGGUGCAGAAGAACAUGCAAAUCGACAACUCGUCACUGAUGUUUGAGCGAUGGCGGAAGCUACCCAUGCCUCUGGACUUCAAGAUUUACGUGUUCAACGUCACCAACCCUGACGAAAUCAACAACGGGGAAAAACCCAAACUUGCUGAGAUCGGUCCUUAUGUUUACAAAGAAUAUCGAGAGAAGAUUAUCUUAGGCUAUGGACCCAAUGACACUAUCAAGUAUAUGCUCAAGAAGACGUUCCAUUUUGACGCCAACGCAUCUGAUGUACUUACUGAGGAUGAUGAAGUUACUGUCAUCAACUUCUCUUAUAUGGCAGCCGUGCUAUCGGUCAACGACCUUCUACCGUCGAUGGUGGGGAUGGUCAACCAGGCUUUGGAGCAGUUCUUCAGUAACCUCACUGACCCCUUCCUGAGGGUCAAAGUCAAAGACCUCUUCUUUGAUGGGGUCUACCUCAACUGUGUUGGUGAUAAUUCUGCUUUGGGUCUGGUUUGCGGCAAGAUAAAAUCGGAAACCCCACCAACAAUGCGUCCUUCCGAUGAUGGCAACGGGUUUUACUUUUCAAUGUUCUCACAUCUGAACAGGACAGAAUCGGGGCCGUAUGAAAUGGUUCGAGGGAGGGAGCAAAUUUCCGAGCUCGGCCACAUAGUAUCCUACAAAGGCAAGACGUCGAUGAAAUAUUGGGGUGACCAGUACUGUGGUCAGAUGAACGGAACUGAUUCAACUACCUUCCCGCCAAUAGAUGAGAAUAAAGUACCUCAGAGAUUGUACACCUUCGAGCCUGAUAUCUGCAGAUCCCUCUACGUCAGCCUGGUUGGGAAAUCGUCCAUGUUCGGUAUACCGGUUUACUAUUAUGAGCUCGAUUCCAGCGCACUGGCUGCGAAAAGCGCUAAUCCUAACAACAAAUGCUUCUGUAAAAGGAAUUGGAGCGCCAACCAUGACGGGUGCCUCAUCAUGGGUAUCCUGAACCUGAUGCCGUGCCAGGGCGCUCCGGCCAUCGCGUCCCUGCCCCACUUCUACCUGGCAUCCGAAGAACUCCUCGAAUAUUUCGCUGAAGGCGUCAAACCUGAUAAAGAAAAGCACAAUACCUACCUUUAUUUGGACCCGGUAACCGGCGUUGUUUUGAAGGGCUGGAAGCGACUCCAAUUCAACAUUGAACUUAGAAACAUGCCUGCCGCACCCCAGCUCGCUAACGUGCCCACUGGACUGUUCCCACUACUAUGGAUUGAAGAGGGUGCAGAAUUGCCAGAAUCCAACAGGGAAGAGCUGAAACAGUCGCACGCGCUUAUAGGCCACGUUAGUACAAUGACGUGGAUAGUGUUAGCACUAGCAAUAGUAGCGUUAGUGGCUAGUGCGGUGACUGUAGUGAGGUCCGGUGGGUUGCCGAUGUGGCCGCGAAAUAACUCUGUCAGCUUCAUACUGCGACCUAACGGCAGUGCACAGGCUAAUAAAGGGCAAUAGAGACAA